UGAGAGGCGACCCUAACUGAAUAAAUUAAUAAAUUAUGUUGAUGUUUGCGAUCAUCAACAUUAUCAAUAAACAUCAUUUACACCAUCAUAUACAACAACAUCAUCAGCAUCAACAACAUCAUCAGCAUCAGCAACAUCAUUAAUAACAUCAUCUACACCAUCAUCAGCAACAUCAUCACCACCCCUAGCAUCAGCAGCAAUAUCAUCAACAUCAUCAGAAGCAGCAUCAACAACAUCAUCAGCAUCAACAACAUUAUCAGCAACAUCAACAACAACAUAAUCAGCAAUCAGCAUCAACAACAUCAUCAGCAGCAUCAACAACAACAUCAGCAUCAACAUCAUCAUCAGCAUCAACAACAACAUCAGCAUCAACAACAACAUCAGCAACAACAACAACAGCAACAUCAACAACAACAUCAACAACAUCAACAACAACAUCAUCAACAACAUCAACAUCAACAACAUCAUCAGCAUCAACAACAACAUCAGCAACAUCGUCACCAUCUAGAACAGAGGGGAGGGAAGACUGCGGCCUAGUCGGCCUCGGGCCAUCCCGAGUUUUCCUAGCGGACCCGCCGCGCCCGGAGCGCCUCCCCCGGCAGGAGUCGGGAUCGAAUAACGGCAGACAGAGCCGGCCAUGAAGCCGGUCCUCAUCUCACUGUUCGUCUUCCUCCUUCUGGAUGCGGCGUUGGCUGUCAAGCUCCAGCUCACUCUCCCGAAGAGUCUGUCUGUGAGGGAGGGAGAGAACGUCACUCUCCCCUGCUCCUUCUCCCCACCGGCCACACACCUGGACCACGUCGUCGUCCAGUGGUUCACGAUGCCCAGACGCUACGCAGAGAACGUCACCAGUGGAGACAUGACCUUGAUCUACUUCUCGGGCGACGAGACGGCGGACGACUCGAGCGUCGCCAAGUCCGCGGGAGACGUGCUCGCGGGAGACUGCUCCGUCGGCAUCCCCAACUUCCCCGGGAGCCUCGGCCCCGUCGCCCUGUGCCGCGUCGACUGCCGCCGCUGUGACGCCGCGGGGAACGCCGCCGUGCAAGCGGAGCUGCUGCUGCAGCUGCAGGACGUGACGGCUGCGGCCCCACGGCGGCCACACGGCGGGGCUCUGAGCGAGGCCACCGCCGCCCCUCCAGGGGAGACGCCGCCGCACAGGGCAGGGCUGCUGGUGGCCGGGGUGCUGGCGCCUGUGGCUGUCGUGGUCUACGUCGUCUCCGUCUGCAAGGGGAACAACACGAGGAGGAGGAGGAGGAGGAGACGCCGUCGGCCUUCAGGGCCCGGGCAGCCGGAUCGCCCGGCCCCCCCUGGUGAAUGAGCAUUGACUGGCGCUGGGAAUGCAGAACGUGCGUAGGGACAGGUACGUAGACGCGCAGCCGCCGAUGGACAGACGCGAAGAGAGAACAGGACGAGUGUCGGAGACCUUCGCCGUGUGAUGAUGUUCAGGCAGCUCGAUGGUCGGCACGGGGAGUGGGUCGCACACACACACAUGCACACAUACACUCACCCCCACACACUCACACACUCACACCCAUACAGUUACACAGUCACACACCCCCACACACACUCACACACUCCCACACUCCCACACACUCACACACACACACCCACACUCACACUCACUCUCACACACACUCACUCUCACACCCAUACAGUUACACAGUCACACACCCCCACACACACUCACACUCCCACACACACACUCACACACUCCCACACACUCACUAACACACCCACCCACACACUCACCCCC